GUGAUCUACUCAGCCUUCUCAAACCAAUGUUGAAACCCGCCAACCGCACCCGUUCCAUUGAGCGAGGGUUAUGGUCUGGCGAGGAGCACGACCGCUUUCUGGACGGCCUCAAGCUCUACCCUCACGGGCCCUGGAAGAAGAUUGCUGCCUACGUGGGCACGCGCUCGCCACGCCAAGUGCAAACACAUGCUCAAAAGUACUACGAGAAGGUUGGUCGUCGCCUGCGCGGACUGCGCAAGGACCGCAAGAAGCUCGUGCGGCCCGAGCACCGCCUCGAUGAGGACAUGGUGCAGCUGUGCCAGCUCGCAAAGGACAGGAAAGACCCCACCGGCCACGUAGACCCUACAAUCGCAAGUCGACUACGCGCGCCACUAUCGUCGCCGUCCAAGAUCAAUAUCUCUCUGCCAGCCUUGGAACCGCACGAACAGCAGCAGAAAUCCUUCCAGAAGGAGCUACAACGAGCACCGUCCUCCGACCCGCCCAGCCCGUGCUCGAGUACCAGCACAACCUCGACAGACAGUGACGCCACCAUGGAUCUGUCGGACUUUGACGACUCAUGUCUCGACUUCUUGAUCGAGGUGCUGGGCGACAUGGACAGCGGGGGCUUCGUCAUCAAUGUGUAAGAUUAACGCAUUCUUCACUGUCGUUCAGUACGGAUUAGCAUUAGGCAAACAACACCGGCACCCCGAUAGAUCCGGAGCUGACACCACCACAGAGCAGCAGCCACCCCGACACGGAGAGUAACUUAUAACGAAGAACAUGAUUUUAAACAG